ACGACAGUGGCCUCCACCAGUCGUCACCGGGAGGGCCGACGAGUCACUCCACCCGGUAAAAACUACACACUUUGAACUUUGUUGUUUUCUCACUGAGACGCGACGGAAAAUGAGGUUAAACGAGUACUACGACGUGGCCCUUGACCUGGUCAAACAGGCCGGAGCCAUUAUUCGAGAGAAAAUCAACAGGCCAAAGGAUGUGUCAUUGAAGUCCUGUGAUGUUGACCUUGUCACUGAGUCUGACAAGGAGGUGGAGAAGCUGUUCAUGGGGGGAAUCUCCUCGAGAUAUCCAGACCACAGAUUCAUUGGCGAAGAGACCACAGCCUCGGGUGCCAAGGCCCAGUUAACGGAUGCUCCGACCUGGGUCAUCGAUCCAAUAGAUGGUACUAUGAAUUUUGUCCACGGUCUUCCACAUACUUGUAUAUCAGUCGCACUCCUCGUUGACAAAGUCACGGAGAUGGGAUUUGUCUAUAAUCCAGUUAUCGAGCAACUCUUCACUGCCAGGAGGGGACAGGGGGCUUUUUUGAAUGGAAAGCCAAUUAAAGUGUCUGGGGAGAGAGAAUUGGGAAAGACUCUUCUCAUGGCGGAAAUGGGGACCAGCAGAAAUGCCGAAAAAAUGAAAGCGGUUAUGGAAAAUUUGCAAAUUCUAGUGCCAAAAGUUCAUGGAAUUAGAACUCUCGGUUCAGCAGCUCUGAAUAUGUGCAUGGUAGCAAUGGGAGGUGCUGACGCGAAUUUCGAGUUUGGCGUUCACGUCUGGGACUUCGCAGCCGGGGAUUUAAUUGUCCGCGAGGCUGGUGGGGUAGUGAUAGACCCCGCAGAUGGGCCUCUCGAUCUCAUGAGCGGUAGAGUCCUCUGCGCCUCUUCCAUGGAAGUUGCCAAAGAAAUAGCAAAGCUACUCGUGCAGUAUUAUCCCGAGAGAGAUUAAACAUUUCACAUGAAACAUAUGUGAAGAUAGUCCGGGAAAUUUGUAAACUGUUGUGAACUCGAAGCAUUUAUCAGUCAUCUCUUGAAAUCCAAAGAUACUUAUUUUCAUUCGAUGUACUUAAUGAAUUAGAAAUACACAUUCUACUCAAUAAA